AUGCUGGCAGCGGGAUAUUUUAGCAGACGCCCAGAGAAGCGGAGGCUCCUCCCAGUCCGCUUAUACGACUCGGGAACGCAAGUUGAUGGGCCCCUCUUUGAGUUCACGAAGUAUGGCAAGGGAGCCUGGAUGAUGCCCAGCGAAAGACCUAUGCAUCAGACCAGCCCGGGCCUGACCGAAUGCUGA